CAAUCUUUUGGGCCGGGUGGCAGCCUGGUGGCUGUGUUUGUUGCAAAUUGCGAACAACGAACAAACGAACGACAAACACAAAAAUUGAUACAGGGCCAGGGACGUUGACGUCGCUGCCAAAGCCAACGUCGUGUAAAUUGGAAAGUGGCAAAAAUACAAAAAAAAAAGAAACAACAACGAGAGCGCGCACAACGGUAAUAGUAAUAAAUACACACACGCAUACAGGCAUACAUACACAUAUGUACAUACACAUGCACGCACACAUGGAGGCGUUUGUUUGAUGAACAAUUUGGAGCAACGAACAAAAGACAGACAAACAUAUAAUGACGACGCGUGAAAAUGUUGCAAGCCGCUUGUCUAAAUUAAUGCUUAACAAUAGCAACAGCAAUGGGAGCAACAACACGACAACAACAACAACGACGGCAGCCACGGCAGCAUCAAUGUCCAUGUCCAUGGUGCAAUCACCAACGUCUCCGGGUGAACAGUCGGAGCUGAAUCAAUUGAAACGCGAUGCGGAUCCGCAAUUCUCACGAUUUGCCGAUUAUUUUGUGAUAUGUGGCUUAGAUCUGGAUACGGGACUGGAGCCCGAUCGCUUUGCGGGUGACAAUCUGCAUUGCUCGCCGCUGGAUCGCGCCUACAAGAGCAAGCCUCUGGCCCAUUAUCCAGAGAAUGUAUCAUGGAAUCCAUUCGAUGCUCAUGGCAUUUGCAUGCUGUCGCUGCCUCAAGGUCUGCGCUUUCGCACACAGAAGCACAACAUUGAGCCCAAGUUUCAUUCGUUUGCAACGACGCGAGAGGAUGGCAAACGUUGUUAUGGCUUCAGCUUGGUCUUCUACGAGGAGAUACGAAAUCGUAACAUUUGUGGCGCCAUUCACACGCUGCAGUCCAUGUUUAUUACGGAGCUAUCAAAUGGCCAACAGACGCAUUCGCUGAGCAGGAUUAAACAGGAUGGUCCAGUCAGUCGCUCGCUGCCGCGACACUUUAAAGUCGCCGGUCAGGCGCCGCAAUCCGCACAAAGCUAUUACGACAUCAGCAAGGACAAGCUGUUUGUGGCCAAAAGCAUCUCAUUGAUUUGCCAAGCUCCUUACGCUUUUGCCGCGCAGUUGUUUCUCAAGAAUUUGUACCGUUGUCUUCCACGACAACCGGGCGCUGGUAUUAGUCUCGAAUCCUAUGUGUACAAUAUAUUGUAUGAAGUGAUGUUACCUCAGCCAGGCAAAUCCAUACGCGUCUAUUUGCCACCGAUGGAGCCGCAUUUGUCGGCAAUUGCAUUGAUCUUGCAACGUCCAGCGUUGGCCACAGAGCUGCCCUUGUUGGACUUUCCACUGCGUUUGCUAUUUAGCUAUUUGGGCGUGGAAUGUGUUAUACAACUCUUGACAUGUGUGCUUCUCGAGAGUCAGGUGCUGCUGCGGUCAACGGAUUACCAAAGACUCAUGAUUGUGGGCGAGUGCAUAACAUCGUUGCUGUUUCCAUUUCUUUGGCCACAUGUGUAUGCGCCCAUUUUACCCGCUGCACUGCAUCAUUUUUUGGAUGCACCUGUGCCGUUUGUGAUGGGACUGCAUGCUGAAUGCGAGGCUGCGCAUAAAAUUGGCAGCGAGGCGGCGCUGUGCUUUGUAGACAUUGAUAAGAAGCACAUACAGUUGCCGGAGGAGCUGCCCGUCUUUCCCCACAAGAUGGACUUUAUGGCCGAGAUUAUCUCUGUGCUGGACAAGUUUGAAAUAGAGCGUGAUCGUGCCCAGGAGCCCAGUCUAAAGAAUGGCUAUACCAUGCGUGGCGGCAAUGAUGCAAUGAUCUCCAGCUGCACACUGCCCAACGGUCUCCAGGCGGCGCGACGCAGCAAGGAACGUUUUCAGCAGCUGCAGGAGACUGUCUAUACGCUGGGUGGUGCGAGUGGUUCGCCUGGUCAGCUGCCUGGUGUGGAUUAUCAGCCACUGGUGGCACAUCCCUCGAAGAUUGACCAUGUGCCGCGUAUUGCGGACUUUCUGCGUCGCAAGGGCGGCAUGCGGGGAGCCCAGUCAGCUGGUUCACCAGUUGGCAGUCCCACGCUAUCGUUGUCCUCCUCUCCCGUGGGCAUCUACCAUGACGUGGAUGCUGUGGAUGCCACACUGCCGCCCUCACGCAUGGGCUCCCUAUCGCGACGUGAGAAAACUGAGAAAACCAAUCUAACCACCGUGGAGCAAUACUAUCAGGAUCUGCGCAUCAAUAACUCAUUGCGGGAGAUUUUUCUAAAUCGUUUCGCACACAUGUUUCAUGCCUACGAAUACUUUGUCAUCUAUCCCAAUCAGGCCAAGGAUGAAUGGCUUUCAAAUCGCGAAACGUUGCAGAAUUUCGAUAAAUCUUCAUUUCUAUCUGAUCAGCCGGAACAUCAUCGUGCUUUUUUAUCGCGUUUUCUUGAAUCUCAAAUGUUUGCCACGCUCAUCGACAACAAAAUUCUGGCCAUGUGGGAAACGCAACCUGAUGAGCAGCUGCAGCUGUUCGAUCAGCGCAUUAAGCUUUUGAGACGUCGUCAUGGCGAGAACAUGAUCUGUGCCACGAGCUAUGAGCCUUGUGUGCUUAGCCAGGAUUCGCAGCAGGGCUUUGAGAAGCGUCUCAAUUGCAUUGACAUUGAAGUGACGCCGCCUAGUGAGAUUCUAUCAAAUCGUGCCGCCUAUUUUCGCAGUUUUCCGCUGCUCGAGAAAGGCGUGCUGAAUCAGGAGUGCGCCUCGAGAGGGAACAGUUUGAGGCGCGUUAAAAAUGGCAACAAGUGGCGCGCCCGGGAAAUCUCACUGGAUCAGAAGCCACCAAACAGCUGCAACAGUGGAGGCAGCAAUUCCAACUCCAACUCCAAUGUGGCCAUCAAUCGACUUUCGGCCAAUUUGACGACGGCGGAUGUAAGUCCUGCUUUAAUAGCACAGGCCAACUGGACAUUUGUGGAACGUCUGUUAAAGGACAUUAAAUCGAAGACGAAGCGCAUGCUGCUUGAAAAGAUGGGCAACGAGGCGGUGGCCUUGGGUCUCAAGGGCGAUGGCAUUGAGGAGAAUACGUUGAUAGCCAGCAUGUGUGAUCUGCUGGAGAAGAUCUGGUCACAUGGCCUGCAAAAUAAACAAGGCAAAUCAGCACUUUGGGCACAUCUACAAGCCUACAUCGAGUUGCAAGAGGCACGUGGCGCCGGCAACAGUUGCAACAACGUCGAACAGAUGACGCCCGUGUCCAGCAGUCCCAGCAGCAACAAAAUGAACAUUGCCAGCGCCUCGCCAGCGUUGGCUUGGAAUGCCAUGCGCAAACGCAUGGAUUAUCUGUCCACAUUCCAAACGGACUUUGAGAGUCCACCAAGUCCAAAUCGCAGUCGUUCACGUGAUCGCAACAAGUUUGUGGGUCUGGAGCAGCUUUGUCCAUUGCCCGAAUCAUUGGAGUUUGAUGUCAAAAACGUGCUGGCCAUGGCGGACAUCAAGACACACAUUGGUUAUACACGCGCCUGGGUGCGUUUAUCUCUAGAGAAGAAGCUGCUCUCGCGUCACUUUCGUACGCUGCUCUCCGAUGAGAGUUUAUUGCGUUCUCUAUACAAACGUUCAGCUUUUCUGCGCUGCGAGGAGGAGAAGGAACAGUUUCUCUAUCAUCUCUUGACAUUGAAUACGGUUGAUUACUUUAGCUUUACCAACAUUUAUCCCACUACAAAGCUGCCCUAUCGCGUUGUCAUCUUUCCCUCACGCAAAUAUGGCUCCUAUCACACCUCCAGCAAUGUGUGGAUCAUGAUCUCCGGCACCAUGAAUGAAACGCAACGUGUGCCCGUGCCCAAAGGAUUGCUGGAGUUUAUCUUUCAUUAUAAAAAUCUGGGUCUGUUGACAACCAUGCGCAUAGGACAUGAUAAUUCGGGACAAAGCCACAAGUGGUUGGUGGAGCAGGUUGUAAUGCGUAAUGAGGUCACUGGACACACCUAUAAAUUCCCCUGUGGACGCUGGCUGGGCAAGGGUGUCGAUGAUGAUUCAACGGAACGUUUGCUGGUGGGACAACGUGUCUCCACGAGUGUCAAGAAUGCUGAGCUGGUGCCUCCAACACGCACACCACCGCGUACACGCAGUCCAAGCGUGCAACGUCAGGAGUCUGUGUCGCCUUCAGAGAUACAACAUCAGUUGGGCAACUGCGUCAAUGUGAUUGUCAAAUGGCACUAUAAACCAAGCAGAGAUCGAGAUGUGGGCACGUUAACGAAUCUGCUGUGCGGUGAUGAUGGACUAGUCAAAUGCCUGGAGCAGGUCUUCCUCUGCGGCUUUCGUUCGUCGCGUUUCUUUGGACGGAAUUUAUACAUCUGGGACUUCUUUACGAAAAUCAAGGAGCUGUUUGAGCAGAAUCUGCAGCAGGAGCUGGAGGAUUCCGCCUCGAGCAUGGAUUCCUCGUUCAGCAACGGCAGCUGCAACAGCCUGCAACGUCGUGAGGUUACCAGCAUUUGGCGUCUGUAUGUGCAGCUCAUGGAUGAGAUUAAUGUCACGGCCAGCACACUGGGAAAGGAUGGCAAAUUUCAGCUGUUAAUAUGCCUCAGCUUGAGGGAGCAUCUGCUGACUCGACUCGUCAAACCCAUGGCUCUGACAAAGGUUACUCAGGAGAUGUACGAGGAGGAAAGCUUUCUGCGUCGUCGCAAUCUAUUGACAUUUCUCAUACAAAUUCUGGAACCGCUUGAUGAUUGCCACAUCGUGUUGGAAAACUCCAUAACCCAAGGCAUACGCAUUCCAUCACAGUGCUGAGUUAAGUUCUCUCAUUUCGGCAUUUUCCGGAAUCUCACCCACAGACAUUUGCAACCAGUGACCUAGAAUACUCAUACAUAUUGCCCUUAAGUACACUAUUUGGAAACGUGAGGAAUCUCCGAAACUUGAAUUCUCGUUGUUAGAUUUUACGUAAAAUGAAGACAUUGUCCUCCUUCUAAUCCUAAAUCUAUACCUAAUUAUAAUCCUUAAACAAAUCCAAUCACUUGCCAUCCACACGCUUGCCAAGUGUUCAAGUCAAAAAA